GUCUGCGACGAUCGCUACCUUGCCGCAUACGCCCUGAACCUAUACCUUACAAGGGACACUUGCCUUGCCUCGUGUUGGCGGCGAACUCAUCCUAUACAGCAUUUGUCCUUGUUCACAUGUAACUGCGCCACCUAUCGAGCGCCCGUCCUAAGAUGGACGUUCCUCGUCCUUCCUGCCAUCUCUCACGGCCUUUUCGACCUCGACCUCAACAUGGAUAGCCAGGGCGAGAGCCUUGCGGACCUUCACUACAUCAUCAACCAUGUCUGCAUGCCUCUCAAACUUCCACAAUCUUCGGAUGAUAAUGCGUCGAAGGAUGCGGCCUUGGCGUCACUAACGUACAGAUACGCGAAGUCUUUCCGUUCCUAUGUUCUGCCGGAGCAUCUGCAGGCCUGGGAUGCUGUAACUGUUAUGCUCUGGCACCUGCAUGAUUCUGCUAGCAAAACCUACUUGUCCGCAAAAUCGAUACAUUCUCAGCUUCAAUCCAUGCAAGACGGAGAGUUCCGCGUGCUCUUCAUUAGACGUCAAAAUGCAGGGCUCAUUGUUCGCAAGGAACGUGAUUGCACUAUCUUUGAAUCGUUCGAAGCAUCUCCUUCUCCCGACGCUGUCAUGCAAGCCACGGGGAAACUUCAAUGCUCUUAUCCAGGGCCAGCAGUGAGCGUCCCGCACCCCGUAGGCUCAGGUCCGGAAUUCUUGGGACAAUUAUCGAGAUUUCUGGAGGGGUUAGAUGAAGAAGAGUUUCUGGAUGCCAUCCCUCACACAAAGAAAGCCGGUACUCUCGUCCCGGAAACCCGUGACACCAUCAAUCCUCGAUACAUCACCGAGCUACUGACGGGCAUUCUCCUCGGAGUUGGCACCCCUGCUGAAAUCCCUCGAGUCUCCAAGCGCAUUGGGGACGAUGUCCUAUGGCUUGACGCUGAGCUGCCUUGGAGGAGAUCUCCGCUCUGGCUCGUCAUCAGGGUCUCAAUACAAACUACGUUAUCUAGAAUGCCGGGCGGUCGUCUCGUCUACAAAUCGUUCAUUUUGUUCCUCAUCUGUCACAUAAGUCAACAUGUCCUUAACAACCAUCUCGCGCAUUUCCCCGAUGACAUCCUCUUCCAGAUGUCGGCAAAGAUGAGUCGUCGGCUCUAUAAGCUUGGAUCGUCUGCGCCUCCGAGGCUUGCGAAGCUUAUGUGCGAGGUUGCUGAAGCAAUGCGAAGCGCUCUGGAAAAACGCAGCAAAACUCUUAUUCCUUCCCCUCUUCCCAUACUUCAGCUCGAUGUCUCCAAUUUCGAACGAGACGUGAACCUAUCACUGAAGAAUAGUCGGUUGUAUAUUGAGCGAGCGUUAUCAUUCCGGGCGUCUUCAAAUUCUUCUUCCCUCUUUACUCGAAAUGAGGUUCUUCGUCAACGCAAUCUAACGGUAUUUCUCAAAAUCCUCGAAGCGCAGCUUUCAGGCCUUCGGGACGAUGAGAAGUAUCUUACCCUCAUCGACUUCGAAGCGGCUGUUCAUGACUCACUUCAUAAUACCAAAUUCUGGUGCUCGACCAUAGCAGAUAUCGCCACCACUUCUAUCAGCAUCAUGAAGGCUAUGUCUACCUAUUACGACAGCGCGGUAAUACUCUACACGCAUAACCCUGAGAACUUGUCAAUCAUGUAUUUGACGCUCCUGCUCCUCUGGGUGGCAUUGGAUCAUCUCACAUUAACGAAGAUCCCUUUACUUUGGAAUUAUCAUCCCGAAUUUGAUCACACGGUGUUUCAACCACUCCUUCUCAGAACGCAACGAUUUCGCACUUUGCUUCAAGGAGCUCUGGCUCAUUUGUCCUCCCGCCAUGCUAAGGCGGUGCACAAACCUAUCCUUGAGGGAGAUAUGGAUGGCCAGUCCUUUCCUGUCAAAUAUUUUCGCAGAUCUUCCCAGUUGCAGUCGCUCAAAGAACGCAUUGAAGAUGAUGCUGAGGCCGGGAAAUCAAAGAAACUGGAGGAGUUGCGUCAGAAAACUCGGGAUUAUGAGGAUAAACUCCAACAGACUCACGACCUCCCGCACGAACAGUGCAGACGGGGACAAGUGAAAAAAGGAAAGAAGGGAAAGGGAAAGAAGGGAAAGGGAAAGAAGGGACACGUACAGCCAUGUUUGAGGUGCAGGUUAGAAAACGAGGCCAAGACAAUGAAGAUCGACAUUCAUGAAUGGCCCUUGCCUUCCGACCAUCUGCAGGCAAUGUGUGCGAUCUUUGAACUCGAAUGUCCCGUUCCAUUUGCCGCAUGGCGGGAUGCUACCUAUCACUUUGUUGCCAACGUUCUGAGCCCAACCUCGUCGGCCUCUGCCGGUGAAAAGCAAGAGUGGUAUGGUGUCCUGAAUCCCGAUGCUAGUGGCUCGUCCAUUUACAUGCCGUUGGUCAAAUAUGCGCGUGGUUCCGGAUUCCGCAGGCGCAUCACGAUGGGAUCAUCGACAAAGUCUUUCCUGCAGUCGCACUAUCGGAGCAUUUUGCUCAGCACACGCCCUGGUGACGGUUCUGUGGCCGUGAACAAUGCCCUCCGUUUCUCGCUAUUCGAUACUGCUCGGGACCAGCGUUCAGGCAAGGGUCUUACCCCCCAGGAUAUUGUCAAAUCUUGCACCUUCCCUAUUCCCCAAGGGCUGUACUCAAAUCUCGCAUACACCCUGCAAACUACAACUCACAGCACGAAUGAGGUACUGGCCCGGCAAUCCGAAUGUCAUCCACAGCUAUCACUCCGUGAAUACUGGGCGUAUGGAAGUCUCCGCAGCGGUGCUCGGCUGCAAUGGAUGAACAUACUUCGGGUGCUUAGAGAUCGCUCCCUGAACUUUCGGGAGGUGGAGGUUUACCUUCUUUGCGUACAGGCGUCGCUCCAGGUCGGGCCUUUCAAUGUCGACUCCUUUGAAUCCUGGCAUUCUCUGUUACAUGACAGGGAAUUCUGCUUGUCUUUGAUUCAAGAGUUGAAAAAACUGCUUGCCGCCAUACAGCAAAACUGGCUUGAGUUCUUUGCCAUGCUUUUCAUCAUUGAUGUCCUGCUCAGAGUAUUAUCCUCGUCUACUAACGACACCGUUCUUAAAGAGGCGUACCGAACGCUUCGGGAAUGCCGUUCGGUGAGCACCGCGUGGCUUGAGGAGCUUUGCAAACACCCAGAUCGCUCUCGAGAUGACCAAAUACAACUGCGCAUUCAUAAUAUUGCAACCACAUGCCUCGCCACUUUUGAUACGGAAGCCCCUCACAUCGACUUCUUACUCUCGCGAAAUGACUCCAACGAUGUAACCCAGCUCGUCAAGGCAUCGAUCAUUCUUGAUGAGUAUACUCCCGCACUGGCUGAAGCUCUGUCGGAUAGCUCUAGACGGCUUUCGGAACGCGCCAGACGCUCGGCCGUACUACUAGAGCCACACGUAUUCGAUCGAAUAGUGCUAGAUCGCACAGGGCUCGACCGAGCGAUCCACUUCGUCUGGGCCGGAUAUCGUCCAGAUGUCAACAAGCAAUGGACCCGCGUGAAAGCCCCAAAUUCCUGCUGGAUCAGUUGCAGGACACUUCAAACUACCUAUCAGUCUUCUCAGACGGUCCACUAUGACCUCCUGAGAGGGGCCCUGCUUGUGGACGGCAAACCCCUCGCAAGAUUGCCCUCGUCGGUUACUCGCCACCAUACAUAUGCGCAACUAUUUGCUGAGCAAAUACUAGAAAUCGUCCCUAGCGACCUCCCUGGAAUGCAAUAUGCGACCAGGGAUCUCAUCGAGAAUCAUCAGGUGUUCUUCGGGCUGGUUGGCGACAUACCAGUAAUUAGGGCGAAACAAAAUGAAAGCGACGUACUCUUGGAACUCAUCCCAUCUGAACGAUUGCGGGGUGACAUUCCUCUUCCAUUCGUGAACGGACACACUCAUUGGCUCAAUUUAUCCUCGCGUGUCAUCGAAGUUCGGCCUGCGCAUAGAAGAUGGGAGCCCUUGCACGAAUCAGAUUGGCGCAUACAUUAUUCAACCCACCGCUCACGCAUGAUUUGCCGAUCGGGACAGGGCGCGGUCUCUCACAUUGUCGAUCCCUCAAGUUCUACGUGCAGCAUGCUAUCUAGAUACUUGACUCCCAUCGAGUUGCCGAUAUUUCAAGUCGUGACGUGGACGCCAGGUACAGUCUCAGGAAAAUUACUGAUUGAGCUACCGCGUUUGGGCUUGUCUUUUCUUCUCAACUCACGGGGAAGGCUACAGUCCCGUGAGCUCACCAAAUUUGUUGUCGACAAAAACCAAUCAACAGGGACAAUGGUUGGUCUGCAGAAUCAACUUGUUCUUGCGCCAAACCCCUCAGACGACUGCAGUGGCGAAGAGAUGCGUCGUGUCAUCAUUCCGCGAGGGUCCAUUUCAUACACAACUUUGUCACGACACCCUCAGAUUUCAAUACACAACCCCGACUCCCUCGGGAGGGUAUCAUACGACGUCUAUAAAGUGGACACCAUCCUUGGCCGACUGGAGCUCGAUGGCCUUGCAAGCAUAACUUCCCGCCUCUAUAAGGCGUACCUUCACGCCAUCAGUACUCAGUGUCUACCAGAUCCCCUAACCCAACGCACAGGAACUGAAGAAGCUUUGCGUGAGCUUCGCUCGGCGGCGUGUUUGUCCUUUAGCUCGUUGCAAGACGAAGAUGUCAUACUGCUCCAAUGUAUAUCGAAGCUGACACCUCGCCGUCAUUACUAUCCACCGCAUAAGCGCGAGCGAAUGCAGAGCGUCUUCUGGGGCAGUCUCAGCUCCGUAGCUCAGCAUGAAGCAUUUUUUGAGGCUGUGACUGACAUUGUGGCACACGCAAAGCGCAUGAACAUCAUCGACUUUACUCUAUGUCAAGCAAUAUCAGACUUUACAGAACCAACCGAAGGGAGCGGCGGCGACUACUCAAAGCUCCUUCGUCGAGCAAAACUCCGCAGACGGGUCAUCCAACGCGAUGGUUUUGCUAGUUUCGUCUGCGAUGGCCAGGACCUAGACGUUGUUUAUCACUCCCAGCGAGAUGCCUCUCGCGAAGCAUUGGUCCAACAAAUUUCGAGCACGUCUGCUAUGGUAUUUCGUUGGUCGAGAGGCCUUUCGGCGCUUCCACCUUCGGAUUUAUUUGGCGCUAUGAAAUCCAUUUCUUCCGGGUCUACUUUGGAGGGCCCAAAGCACCGCCAUUCGUCUUUGCAAUACAACCGUGUCUGGCUUUCAGAGCCAAGGACUAUUUGGCUCACUGCCCUGGAGUUAUGCCGAAAGGUGCCAAACAAAUUCCAGCUUCUUUUCACCCUACCUUCAAUGUCGUAUUGCACUCACUAUCGCGAGAGUCAGGAGCUGAUAGUGGCCCUGUUUUGUAUUGCUUAUGAGGCUUCCGCCGGCCCGGCACCUUCAGCUUUCCUGCACUCGUCUUACACCUUGAAUGACGGUAUAGACUUGAAUGCAAGCGUCCUGAACAGGGUUAUAUCCACCCGCUGUCGCCCUCUUCGUGACUGUCCAGAAGGGUCCUGGACUCGGGCCAGUGCAGAAAGCCAUGCUGCAUUUCAAAGUCGCCAAAUCAAGGCACACUCGUCUGCGCUGUCAAAACUCAAAUCCACGUUGCUUGACGUACUUUUGUCGCAAUGGAAGAUGGGAGAGAUGCCCCUCCAGCCACCUGGAGAAUUCGUACUCUACUUCGACUUGGAUAGACUGUUAUCGGAAGUCUCUGAUUUAUUCAGCAGCCGGCGGAACAACAAGGAGCUGCAAGUAUAUACCAUAAGACUUCUCAGGCAGCUGUCUCAAUCUACUUGGACAACGAUCCGUACUCAAAGAUACUCCUUCUCACCUGCGAGUAAAAGAACGAAACCAUUUCCCUCCGGUUUAUCCUCUCUCGAUCUCCUGUCUCGCGCAGCUUGUAGAGGAUUUUCCUUUCCAACGUCACUUUUAGCACAAUACUUCAGAGUCAACACAUACAGUAAUCCAGCAAGGCUAGAUGAUCGCCUGCGCUCGCUCAUAACGCGGAUUCGGGGCCUUUCGCAAGAACCUCCCUAUGACAUUUAUAGUAAAAACCUCGACCGGAGCAGGAGUGCUCUUGCUAGUGGUCGCCUCUCUGAUCCGGGGCGGGUAGAUAGAGCGACUAUCAGAUCUUUGGCUGAAGAGGAUCUUCGGCGGUGCAGAGACCGCAUGAUUCUGUCGUGCGACGUGAUCAUACGAGCUCUGGCGCCGCAGGCUGAUCACGAAAUGGCCUUAGUGCACACCGGACUGUGGCCGAGUCUCUCAACUUUAUGUCUUUUGCGCCACCUGGACUUGCACCAUUUCUCAUCGCUUAUUCCAGUCUGGAAAAACACGUUUACAGAAUUUGCGCGCAUCAUUAUCGCACUGCAAACGAGUCAGCGGCGAGCCGUCAUGGCUAAGAGGGGCGAUUACCAGGACUUAAUACACGACCUCGAACAGACUAAGGACCAGUGCUACACGACGACUGCUUGUCCCGAUUGGCUUCUUCUGCAGAUUGAUGGCGACUUCACUCUACGCGACGUUCAGCACCAGAUCGCGGGCGAGAUGAUAUCCCAAGGCUCUCAUCAAAGCAUCACACUUCAGCUCAACAUGGGUGAAGGAAAGUCUUCUGUAAUUGCGCCCUUGGCUGCGUCAGUCAUAGCAGACAAGUCCAAGCUUGUCCGCUUGAUUGUCCUCAAGUCGUUGGCUGCUCAGAUGGCCCACACCAUGGAAAAUCGUCUCACCGGUCUUGCGAACCGUCGAGUCUAUUACCUACCUUUUACACGUUCCACUCAGCUUGAUUCGGAGACGCUCAAAGCAGUAAGAUCGGUUUUGGAAGAGUGCAGGGAAAGCGGAGGGAUCCUCAUUGUUCAACCAGAGCACAUUUUGUCAAUGAAACUUCGCGCAGUGGAGUGUCAACUUUCAAAAGAUCUUAACUCUGCCGCCGCACUUGCUCAUCUCCAACGUUUCAUUUUCAAUUAUGGCCGGGAUAUUCUGGACGAAAGCGACGAGAUUCUGCAUGUCCGCUACCAGCUAGUGUACACCUGCGGCACACACCAACAUGUACAAGGGCAUCCGAAUCGAUGGACUACCACCCAGGAGAUAUUGCGACUAGCUCGUGGGCAUCUGCAUCAGCUCUUCCUGAAGGACCCAUCCAUGUUUUCAACUCAAGGAACGAGUCGGUUUGAGGAUGCACAUCCAUCGGCAUUUCCACCAGUCCGAUUGGUUCAGUCGUCACCUGCGGCCAAUCAACUACUACGACUUCUCGUGUCCGACAUCUUAGAGGGCCGACUAUCCAACUGCAAUCUUCAUCACUUUGACGAGUCGGAGAGAAAUGCGUUCGAGAUGUUCAUCUCGGUUCCUUCCCUAACUAUCCAGGCACAAGACUGCUUAUCCAAUCUACGAGUACGAGGCGCGUUGGACGAGAACGUCUGGAGCUUGGCUCUGCUACUUCGUGGGCUCAUAGCUCAUGAAGUCCUCCUUUUCUGUCUCCGAGAUAAGCGAUAUCGCGUUGAUUAUGGGCUUGACUUGCGACGGUCAAUGCUAGCAGUCCCUUAUCGCGCCAAGGAUGUUCCUUCCACCACGGCUGAGUUUGGGCACCCCGAUGUCGUGAUUCUUCUCACAUGCCUCAGCUACUAUCUCUCGGGCCUUUCGGAGACACAACUCGAAACGUGCAUUCGGUUCCUUCUCAUCAGCGACAAUCCGACGUCCGUGUAUGAAGAUUGGCUAGCCCUGAUAGCAAACUCCGACCUUCCUGAGUCUCUCAAGUCUUUUAACGGCCUCAACUAUGACUCUGUGGAGCAACGCCGUUUACUCUCCGAACUGUUCGGCAAUAACCAAGCGACCAUUGACUUCUACUUGCGCACUGUCGUUUUCCCUCAGCAGGCAAAGGAGUUCGAAAGCAAGUUGGUAACCUCAGGUUGGGAUAUCGCAGAACCAAAGAGUCACAUUACCACCGGAUUCAGCGGUACGAACGACUUCCAACAUCUUCUACCGACGUAUAUUCUCCAGAGAGACCCCCAGCAUCAACUCUCCACCAACGCUCGUGUUCUCAACUACAUGUUGCGGGAUGAGAACGAUCACUACGAGACGUUCAAUUUCCCCGACGGCCUGCAUUUCGUGGAGGUGCUGUCGCGCAAGCAGCCAAAAAUUCGCAUGCUACUCGAUGUCGGCGCGCAGAUGCUGGACGUUCAAAACAAGGAGCUGGUCGACCAUUGGCUGCGACACGAGUCCCCAGAAGAGUCAAUUGCGGCAAUCUACGUCAAUGAUCACGAUGAGUUGACCGUGUUACACCGGAACGGAUAUGAAGAGCCGUUGUCGACUUCGCAUGUCAACCAGCAUCUUGGCCAAUGCAUCGUCUACCUUGAUGAUGCGCACACUCGUGGCAUGGACGUCAAACUGCCCUCUGGAUUUCGGGCUGCUGUUACUUUGGGGCCAAGAGUGACGAAGGACAGAUUAGCUCAAGGCUGUAUGCGUAUGCGUCGUCUGGGCUCAGGUCACACCAUCGCUUUCUUCGCCCCUCCAGAGGUAGAUACAAGGAUUCGCCGGGUGGCCUCAAAAAAAUCGUUAAAUCGAAUCUCGGUGGAGGAUGUGCUGCUUUGGACCAUCUCGGAGACGUGCACAGAGCUCAAGGCCCGAGCACUACAGUGGGCGUACCAGGGUACCGAUCACAGUAUCCGUUACAAUGCUUGGUCAGACUUCAUCAAUGCAGAAUCCUCUGACGGAUCAGAGCUCAAGGACCUUCGACGAGCGUGGAUGCAGCAGGAGGCACACACGCUCGAGGAGCUCUACGGGAUUCACUCUAGAGGCCUCAUGGACCCUCUUAGGGAUAUAAUGAAAUUUCCGCGUAUCCUCCAGGGCUGCCUCAAGUUUGGCCUCUCCCCAACCUCCGCAGAGCAAGAAGUCACGCUAGAUGAGGAACAAGAGAGGGAGGUAUCACAUGAGAUCGAGCGAGAAGAAGAAGUGCAGCGUUUAUCGUCUAAAUCGCCCUGGCAGCAUUACCUUUCGGCAGAUCUGAAGAAUUUCGUACAGACAGGCUUCUUCCCAGAACGCUCCCUUGACUUCACUCAAGCCAUCUCGCUCCUAGCAGACACCCCAGCUGAGCUUCCGAGUGGGUGGAAAAAACAGCUGUGGGCGACGCGUGAUUUCGCCAAAACCAUUUUUUCCCGGUCUCCCGAACUGGACUUCUUCCGCCCCGUUCAGUGGGUUCUCUCGACGGCAGCCUUUGGUCCUACCGGCAAGGGUGCUGUAUUCGUUUUGAUCAGCUCAUACGAAGCAAACGAAUUACUUCCCGAUAUAAGGCGGUACAUGAAAGUUCAGUUGCACGUUUUCACCCCCCGACUUACAUGGGAGAUGUCACCUUGCGACGACCUCCAGUUCUUCACGAUUCGUCCCCUUGAACACCCUACCCUCGUUCCAGCUCGUAUUCGCACAGAGUUGAUCCUGUUUUCCGGCCAGCUCUACCUGUCAAGCAACGACGACUACGUUGAGCUAUGCAAGUUUUUGGGCGUGUUCGGAAACGACUUGAAAGGCCUACCCAAGCCCCGUGUCUCUCAUGAUGGUUUCAUCCAGCCCUGGGAUCGUCAGUUAGGCAUUCGAGCGGAGUCCCCCUUCUUAACCAGCCCCAUACCUGCACUCGCUGCGCUGACAAAGACUCGACUGAAAGGAAUGAGCUUCAGCCAUACACACAUUGGGAAGAUACUGAACGGAAGAUCUCUCCUCCCCAAAGACUUUGGUUUGGAUGGUAAGCAGAUUUCGAAGUGCCUCAGGCCAUCUUCUCUCCAGCCCGCAGACGAAGUUUCGAGCUCUUGGUUCACUCGAGCCAUCUCAGCUGCAACACGGUUUAUAUUCGCAUCUACAUCAAAAUAAUAUGUUAACGACUUAGUUUUCC